CGCGUGGAGACUGGCAGCGGGGCGGGCGGCUCUGCAGUUGGAGGGCGCCACCCCGCCGCGUGCACGCGCCUCCCUUGGGACUGCGCGCGGGGGGAGGGAGAGGCGGGAGCGCGAUGACGUCUCCGGGACGCCGACAGGUUCCUAUUGCCGCCGCCUCCGCUGCUGCCGCUGGGGUUAUCCGAGAUGGUGAAUUGAAGAACUAAGUUUUUUCCAAGAUGAACAAAGUAAAAACAACAUCAGAGAAAAGUCUUACUAACAAUUCUCGGAUUGUGGGUCUGCUGGCACAGCUGGAGAAGAUUAAUUCAGAAUCUUUGUUGGUAGAAGCAGACACUGCCAGAUAUGUUACCUCAAAGAUCCUUCAUCUGGCUCAGAGUCAAGAAAAAACCAGGAAGGAAAUGACUGCCAAAGGUUCCCCAGCAAUAGAAGUUAUCCUUUCAACAUUAGAGAAUACAAGAGAUCUUCAGACUACUCUAAAUAUAUUAAAUAUCCUCAUUGAAUUGGUGUCAGUUGGUGGUGGUCGGAAAGCAAGUGUCUUAGUUUCUAAAGGAGGGACGCAGAUCUUGUUGCAGUUACUUUUGAGUGCCAGCAAAGAUUCCCCACCCAAUGAGGAGUUAAUGGUGCAGCUUCAUUCCCUUCUUGCAAAAAUUGGUCCAAAAGAUAAAAAAUUUGGAGUAAAAGCUCGAAUCAGUGGUGCUCUAAACAUAUCUCUGAAUUUGGUGAAACAGAAUUUGCAGAACCACAGGUUAAUCCUGCCAUGUCUUCAAGUACUAAGAGUAUACUCAACCAACUCUGUAAAUGCAGUAUCCUUGGGGAAAAAUGGAGUUGUGGAACUGAUGUUCAAGAUCAUUGGCCCUUUUAGUAAAAAGAAUACUGGCCUUAUGAAGGUUGCUUUAGACACACUUGCUGCAUUGCUAAAAUCAAAAACGAAUGCCAGGAGAGCAGUAGACAGAGGAUAUGUCCAUGUGCUUUUAACAAGUUAUGUAGAUUGGCACAGUCAUGAUAAUCGACAUAGACACAUGCUGAUCCGUAAAGGAAUUUUACAGUGUAUUAAAAGUGUUACAAAUAUCAAGUUGGGAAGGAAAGCGUUUAUUGAUGCCAAUGGGAUGAAAAUUCUUUACAACACUUCCCAAGAUUGCCUUGCUGUGAGAACUCUUGAUCCUCUAGUCAACACAUCAAGUCUUAUAAUGAGAAAAUGUUUUCCUAAAAACCGUCUUCCACUACCAACUAUUAAAAGUGUUUUUCAUUUCCAACUACCAGUUAUCCCUAUUAGUGGUCCUGUGGCUCAGCUGUACAGUUUGCCUCCUGAAGUGGAUGACGUAGUAGAUGAAAGUGAUGACAAUGAUGACAUCGAAACAGAAAGUGAGAUUGAAAAUGAAAAUGAAGAUGACAAGGACCACCUCUUUAAGAACGACGAUAUAGAGACUGAUAUUAAUAAACUGAAACCAAGGCAAGAAUUGGGACGACCCGUAGAAGAACUAAAAAUGUAUGAACAAUUUUUCCCAGAACUUUCAGAUAACUUCAAGGAUUAUGACUUAGUCUCCAAGGAACCAAAGCCUUUUGCAUCUGAUGCAAAUCUAGGUGGACCUAUUGUUGUUCCUACUGCAGGAGAGGAGCAGUCUGUAGAACCAAAUCACUCAGUCAAGGGAAUUACUGUGAAAGAGAGCAAUCACUUGCAAGCAGAGGAGAGUAAUAAAAGGCCAGCCUUUUUGGAUCUGCCAAAGAAAGAUCGCAACAAAGACAAUAGCUUACAGCAGCAAAGUGAUCAAAAGAAACUGCUUUCGUCAUGUCAGUGCCUAAGCUAUGAAAUAGUGAAAGGCUUAGACAGGAUCACUUUGCAGAAUACUUCAAAAAAUGAACAGUAUUACAAAACAGGGUGCGUAAUGAAGAAAGAAAGCAAAACUAGCCUUACCUCACUCACUUGUAAUAAACCUUGCCAACAUGUUUCAUCUUGCGGAAGUGUUCUGUUUGAGGGACGAUCUGUCCAGCUGGGAAAGCUGUGCUUCACGGGUGUUGAUCCUGAAGAAGAGGAUGAUUCCAGCUCGCAUUCAUCAGGGGAGCAAGUGAUGCUUGAGGUGCCUGAUAUAUUGCCACUCCAUGACCCUGAUCUUUAUAUUGAGAUUGUGAAAAACACAAAGUCUGUCCCUGAAUAUUCAGAAGUGGCUUACCCAGAUUACUUUGGUCACAUUCCACCUCCAUUUAAGGAGCCUAUCUUAGAAAGACCUUAUGGUGUGCAGAGGACAAAAAUAUCCCAAGAUAUUGAAAGACUGAUUCAUCAGAAUGAUAUUAUAGACAGAGUCAUGUAUGACCUUGAUAAUCCCAGUUAUUCAGUGCCAGAAGAGGGGGAGAUUUUGAAGUUCAACUCCAAAUUUGAGUCUGGAAAUCUGCGCAAAGUUAUUCAAAUUAGAAAAAACGAGUAUGAUCUCAUUCUGAACUCCGAUAUAAACAGCAAUCACUAUCACCAAUGGUUUUAUUUUGAAGUCAGUGGAAUGCGGCCAGGCAUUGGUUACCGGUUUAACAUCAUCAACUGUGAAAAGUCGAACAGUCAGUUUAAUUAUGGUAUGCAGCCCCUCAUGUAUUCUGUUCAGGAGGCGUUAAAUUCCAGGCCAUGGUGGACUCGUGUUGGGACAGAUAUUUGUUACUAUAAGAAUCACUUUGCUAGAAGUUCAAUUGCUGCUGGUGGUCAGAAAGGAAAAUCCUAUUACACAAUUACAUUCACAGUGAACUUCCCACACAAGGAUGAUGUCUGCUACUUUGCUUACCACUAUCCAUAUACGUAUUCGACUUUAAGGAUGCAUCUUCAGAAAUUGGAAUCCAUGCACAACCCUCAGCAGAUCUAUUUUCGACAAGAUACUCUGUGUGAGACCCUGUCUGGGAACAGCUGCCCUUUAGUCACUAUCACAGCCAUGCCGGAGUCGAAUUACUAUGAACAUAUCUGUCAGUUCAGGAAUCGUCCUUACAUUUUCUUAUCUGCUCGUGUACAUCCUGGAGAGACUAAUGCAAGCUGGGUUAUGAAGGGAACAUUGGAAUAUCUUAUGAGUAAUAACCCCACUGCCCAGAGUUUACGAGAAUCCUAUAUUUUUAAAAUUGUCCCUAUGCUCAACCCAGAUGGUGUCAUCAAUGGAAACCAUCGCUGUUCUUUAAGUGGGGAGGAUUUGAACAGACAGUGGCAAAACCCAAACCCAGACCUUCAUCCCACAAUUUACCAUGCCAAGGGCUUACUACAAUAUUUGGCUGCUAUAAAACGUUUGCCUCUGGUUUACUGUGAUUAUCAUGGUCAUUCUCGUAAAAAGAAUGUAUUCAUGUAUGGCUGCAGCAUCAAAGAGACAGUGUGGCACACUAAUGUUAGCGCUGCCUCUUGUGACCUGAUUGAGGACCUUGGUUAUAGGACUCUUCCUAAGAUUCUCAGUCACAUUGCCCCAACAUUCAGCAUGAGCAGCUGCAGUUUUGUAGUGGAAAAGUCCAAGGAAUCGACAGCACGUGUAGUUGUCUGGAGAGAGAUAGGAGUACAAAGGAGCUACACAAUGGAGAGCACGUUAUGCGGCUGCGAUCAGGGCAAAUAUAAGGGGUUACAGAUAGGGACACGAGAACUGGAAGAGAUGGGAGCCAAAUUCUGUGUUGCCUUACUGCGUUUGAAAAGACUGACCUCUCCACUGGAAUUCAAUCUGCCUUCUAGCCUCCUUGACAUUGAAAAUGAGUUGAUUGAAUCAAGCUGUAAAGUAACAAGCCCCACUACAUAUGUUCUGGAUGAAGAUGAGCCUCGCUUCCUUGAAGAAGUUGAUUAUAGUGCAGAGAGUAAUGAUGAGCAAGACAUUGAAUUGGCUGAUAAUGCAGGCGAUUAUGAACCCUCUGUUCAGGAAGAGGGGCUUUCUGACUCAGAAAUGACAAGGACACACCUGCCUUGAGCCAUCUUUGUAGACGCAAAGAAGAAAAUGAAUAUCCUGGUUUUUAGUGGACAGGAAACAGGGAAGUGUCUGGCUUUCAAGAGGGUUGGCUCAAAGAGACAGAAGUAAUUGAAGCCAGUUUAGCUGAAAGACAAUAAAUGUGUUUCUGAUUUAUGAUAAUAUUGGCAUUUGUUUUAUUUAAGGGAUUCAGUGCCUUCAUUUGGCACUGACUAUAUCAAACAAUUGCUUUACUAUUUCAUUUUCUACCAAGUAUUGUUGCAUGGCUUUUUGUGUCCUUAACCCUCUAUAAUCUCCAACAAAUGGAUUAUAAAUUGUAGUGUGUCGGG